AAUGUAAAGCUUUUUCUCAUUGGAUAGGCGCAUGUGGUCGCGCGGGGAGGGUCGAGUGAGCAGAGUAGCUGGAAAAGAUGGAGACCGGAAGUGGCAGGAAGAGGCAGCACGAACCAGAAUCGGAGGCAUCGGGCCUGUCUGGAGAAGAAGAAGAGAAAGGGGAGGACAAGGAUGAAGACGACGACGACGAUGACGACUACCAGCCCUAUGUGCCCCUCAAGCAGCGCAAGCAGCAGCUGCUGCAAAAGUUGCUGCAGAUUCGCCGCAAGGGGGUGCUGGAGGAGGAACAAAGGGACAGUGGCAGUGAAUAUCAUGGCGAUGAAGAUGACAUACCCCUGGGCCCUCAGUCUAAUAUCAGCCUUCUGGAUCAACACCAGCAUCUCAAAGAGAAGGCAGAAGCACGUAAGGAGUCAGCUAAAGAGAAACAGCUUAAAGAGGAGGAAAAGAUCCUGGAAAGCGUGGCAGAAGGGCGAGCUCUGAUGUCUGUGAAGGAAAUGGCAAAGGGCAUCACAUAUGACGAUCCGAUUAAAACCAGCUGGAAGGCUCCCCGGUAUAUCCUGUCUAUGUCAGAAGCACGGCAUGACCGUGUGCGUAAAAAAUACCACAUCCUUGUGGAAGGGGAAAGCAUUCCACCUCCUCUCAAAAGUUUCAAAGAAAUGAAGUUCCCAGCUGCAAUACUGCGAGGCUUGAAGAAGAAAGGGAUCCAGCAACCAACUCCUAUCCAGAUACAGGGUAUUCCCACCAUACUUUCUGGUAGAGACAUGAUUGGUAUUGCCUUCACUGGCUCUGGCAAAACCCUUGUGUUCACCCUCCCAGUUAUCAUGUUUUGCCUGGAGCAGGAAAAGAGGCUGCCAUUUUCCAAAAGGGAAGGGCCAUAUGGGCUCAUCAUCUGCCCCUCAAGGGAACUGGCUCGACAGACUCAUGGCAUCCUGGAGUACUACUGCCGUCUGCUGCACGAGGAUGGGAUGCCUGCCCUGCGCUGUGCUCUUUGCAUUGGCGGCAUGUCUGUGAAAGAACAAAUGGAGACUAUCAAGCAUGGUGUACACAUGAUGGUGGCAACCCCAGGCCGUCUGAUGGAUCUGUUGCAGAAAAAGAUGGUCAGCCUGGAUGUCUGCCGCUACCUGGCUUUGGAUGAAGCUGACAGGAUGAUUGAUAUGGGUUUUGAAGGAGAUAUCCGCACCAUCUUUUCCUACUUCAAGGGUCAAAGACAGACCCUUCUCUUCAGUGCCACUAUGCCCAAAAAGAUUCAGAAUUUUGCAAAGAGUGCCCUUGUAAAGCCUAUCACAAUCAAUGUGGGGCGUGCAGGAGCUGCCAGCUUGGAUGUCAUACAGGAAGUAGAAUAUGUGAAGGAGGAAGCUAAGAUGGUAUAUCUACUUGAAUGUCUACAGAAGACUCCCCCACCUGUUCUUAUUUUUGCUGAGAAGAAAGCAGAUGUAGAUGCAAUUCAUGAAUAUUUGUUACUCAAAGGUGUGGAGGCUGUGGCUAUACAUGGUGGAAAAGACCAAGAGGAGCGGACAAAGGCUAUUGAAGCUUUCCGGGAUGGCAAGAAGGACGUUCUUGUUGCAACAGAUGUUGCCUCCAAAGGCUUGGAUUUCCCAGCCAUCCAGCACGUCAUCAAUUAUGACAUGCCUGAGGAAAUAGAAAAUUAUGUUCAUCGGAUUGGGCGUACAGGCCGCUCAGGGAAUACUGGCAUUGCCACCACUUUCAUCAACAAAGCCUGUGACGAAUCGGUGCUCAUGGACUUGAAGGCGCUGCUGCUGGAGGCCAAGCAGAAGGUGCCUCCCGUGCUUCAAGUGUUGCAUUGUGGAGAUGAAUCCAUGUUAGUUAUUGAAGGAGAAAGAGGCUGUGCCUUCUGUGGGGGCCUGGGCCAUCGUAUCACAGACUGCCCCAAGCUGGAAGCCAUGCAGACCAAGCAAGUCAGCAACAUUGGCCGCAAAGACUAUCUGGCACACAGCUCCAUGGACUUCUAGAUGGAUUCUAUCUUUUGGCUAGGCAUAGGCAAAUCAAUGAGUGUUUUUUUCUCUAGAAAAGAUGCCUUUCAUCUUUUCUGAAAUAAUUCCAGUGUAGUAACAGGCUGAUGGGGGACUUUUUCCAUUUGGGAAUCUUAUUGCUUCUGUUGAAAAUGUUGAUCCUUCCUCAAGGUGAAGUGCUGGGCUUGGCUGUGGUCCCGUCUCCCAUAUACCCUUCUGUUGUGGGGAGACACUUAAUACUACAUUUGUGCUGUUUUGGGGCAAUCACAUCACCUUGGUACCAGAGGUUGGUCAUCCUUUAAAGGCAUGCCUCAUCUUUUUUUAACACCUGCUGUUUGUUUUUAAGCUGUUCAGUACACCAUUUCUUGAGGAUAGCAGGCCGCUGCUGCAAUAGUUUGUUGCAUCAGAGGUUGUCACGUGGUGCUGGGCAGACACUGUGCUCCUCAGCAGUUGACCAUGAAGAGGAUGCAGAGACUCAGUAUGUAGUUCAUGUUCUACUGCUAUAGUUUCUGCUCCCUACAAAAACAGUUUGCAUAGUUUUAUUUAUCCCUUGCCUGGCCCCACCUGUCUAUUUCCAGCCAUGUUGGGUAUCUCUAGCAGCUCUGUUUUGGAUGACAGCUUCUGCAGCUGCAGAAGAGGCAAUCUUGCCCACUAAUGCUUGCUGAGUUAAAAGUCUCCUGGGACAGUCUGUCUCUCUUGGGACUUUUUUGCCUGUUAUAACUCUCUGGGUGCUUGCAGGCCCCAAAGAGGAAGUUCGCAGGCAGAGGAAGUUGCCUGCACUAUCAUACUUACUGACUCAUUCCUUGGGCAGCCACAAGAGCUCAUCAUCUUGGCAGUCUCUGUCGCACUCUUUACUGGGUUGCCAGUUUGGAUCUUACUCC